UGCGAUUAGGUGGCCAUGCUCACAGGGCAGUGGCGCUGCGGGCAAGGACUGCUCGCGCAGCUGGGGUCUCAUCCGUGCGCCUCUCUCCUCUCUCGUUCUCAGGAGUUGCUGUCAGAUGACGGAGCCGAGGAGGAGCUGGACCCGGUGGUGAUCACCACGGGUUGGAACAGCCAGGGGAAGCUCGUGCACCAUUUUAGCCAGCAGGGGGCGCUGCGGCAGCGAAGGCAAGCAGCCAGGAAAGGGAAGCGUUCCCGGCCUCGCCAACCCGGCUCCGUCUCGGCGGCGCAUUACGAAGUGCACUCCACCGAAUCCCGGGCAGGGAUCCAGGCAGACGCCAACGGGACCAUCCGCGGGUGGGCGGAAGCCAAGCUGAACACGACGAAUCCCCUUCGUUACGACAGCAGCCGUGGGGAGUUCACCGUGGCCAAGAGGGGGCUGUAUUACCUGUACUGCCAGGUCCAUUUCAACGAGGGCAAAAUUGUCUACAUGAAGCUGGACGUGCUGCUGGACGGCCAGCUGGCCCUGCGCUGCCUGGAGGAGUUCCUUCCCACCAGCUCCGGCCCGCAGGUGCCCGAGCUGCGGGUGUGCCAGGUGUCCGGCCUGGUGCUGCUGCGGCCCGAAGGCUCCAUCCGGCUGCGCACCAUCCCCAAGGUGCGGCUGAAGGCUGACCCCUACCACACCUACUUCGGCCUCUUCCAGUACCCCUACUCUGCUUUCUCGCGUGGGGAGCCGGAUGCUGCGGGACGCUUCCAAGCCUUGUGCAACUCUGCGGGUGCGGCUGCCCCCCUGCUCCAGCUGGGGGCAGCACAGAGCGCCCGAUCCCGGCUCGCCUGCGCCUGGAGGCUGCAGUUCUGCUCAUGGCCAGCUCAGCCCUCACGACACCCCUGCGAGGAAGGCUGGGCGAGGAGUGGCGGGUCCAAGCCAGCGAUGGCGAACCUUCCGCGCCCCACGGGGCCGCAGCCGCGAGGGGCCGCGCUGGCGGGGGAUGAUGGGCGUCAGGUCCGCACGCGCCGCUUCCAGACGGCCGGCCCCCCGGGCCUGCGGAAGGGCGACGGCGCGGGCCAGGAGCAAAGUCUCGGGCGCGGGCGCGCUCGAGCACGUCCGAUGGCCGGCGCGCGCCCGCGGCGGGGCCCCUGUCGCCACGCGUCGCUCCUGGCGGCGGCCUGGGCGGGCACGGGCGUCCUGGCCGUGGGCUUCCUGGCCUGCCUGUUCGCGCUGUGGAGCCUCCAGUGCCGCCUGGAGGUGUUGCGAGAGGAGCUGGUGCAGCUGCGCGGGGAGCUGAGAGCCAGGAUGCCCGGGCCGCCGGGGCGCCUCCCGGGGACCCCCGAGCCCCUCCUGAGGGCUGGUGACUUUCUGGGGCCAUGUGCCACAAGAGAGAAACUCCCCAGGCACCUGGAAAGAAGGAAACGGGACGUGGAAAGGACCUCACAGGAGCAGCUGCGUCAACGAAGCUGUCUCUCUCCCCCGCCAGGGAAGCAGUCGGCCCUGCAUCUGGUCCCUGAAAGGCAAGCCAACAAAGACGGGGAAUGUAUCACGGAGGUCUGGUGGAAGCCCUUCCUGCAGCAAGGGCGGGCCCUGGAGCUGAGCGGCCGGGACGUGCUGGUGAAGCACACGGGGCUCUACCUCGUGUACAGCCAGGUGCUCUUCCAUGACCCCACCUUCACCAUGGGGCAGGUGCUGCAGCGGCUGGCGCCAGGGCGGCCGAACCAGGUCCUGUUCCGCUGCAUCCAGAGCAUGCCCGCAGACCCAGAGCGAGCGUACAACAGCUGCUACAGCGGAGGGGUCUUCCACCUCCAGCACGGCGACCGCCUGAACCUCUACAUUCCACGCUGCAACGCAUCCUUCGACUUCAGUGCUCACGGGACCUUCCUGGGGCUCCUCCGUCUCUAGCGGCGCCCAGCCGAGCCCUCUCGGCACCCGCCCAGGACAAUGCCGAGGCCAAGCCCGGACACAGGCACUGAUGAACCCAAGCACUCCUGGUCUCCCAUAGAAGUGAGACCGUGAGACUUAAUGCUCCUGGGAUGCUGGCAUUUUCUUUUCGCCUUUUUUUGCUGGGGGGUAGGUGACGGAAGAAACCUGCGUUCUCUUUCUAGCUUUGGGGGGAAAUCGGGUCUGGAGCCAACGUGUUGCCUUGCAGAGGGGCUUAUGUUUAAUCCAAGUUGGACGCAAAGGAAUCCUGAUCCUUUUUCAAGACCCCAGGUCCAUCACCUGAUUUUGAAUCUGGAACAUCUGCAAAUCUUUCUUAGCAAAUCGUGCCUGCCACAGCCCCGCCUUUACUGCCUCAUGCACAAGGACCCGCACUGCACCAGAAAAAUCGGCAGAGCGCCUGAACCAGAAUAUUUUUUCACAGGUGAUAUCCCGGUAAGGCAAGCGCGUGCGGCAUGCCCUGCUCUUGUAAAAAUGCUUUAUGGCGCCGAAUCUCUCAGGAAUGCCCAGUUGUAAGGGGAAUCUUUUUCCUAGUUUUGCUGUAGGCCUAUCUGGGCAAAGGGAGUGGGAAAGACAGUCGCCUUGUAGAAUAAAGCAAAACCUGCCUUAAUA